AUGGCGGAUAUGGAGGAGAAGAUGGUGGAGAAAGUGGUGCUUGUUAGCAGUGGAAUUAGGUAUACGGAAGAGCAGAAAUCUGAGUAUCUGAAGAAGAUUGGGCGGAAUGUGGCGGAGAUUUUGGUAGCAGAAAAAUCAAGAGAGGGAGGAGGAAGAAGGUCGAUGACGGAUGUGUUAAAUCAACAGUCGCCGGUGGUGAUGUUAUUUUUGACAUCAAUAGAGCAAGAAAGUGAGGUGGUGAUAUGUGGUGGCGAUCAAGCGGGUUUUCGGCGAUCGUUGUAUCCCCGGUGGCCAGAUUUUAGUUUCAAAUGA